GAGUUUUACCCAUAAUGCACCAUUUCCCAGGACAGGUGCUUGCAGGUACUACGGUAAGGUAAAUAGGAGUUUAGACGGGACAUAUAUACCCCGUGCCAUGCUGCAAGGACACGAUUGAUGAAUGAUGAAGACAUUAUGCAUCCAUGAAUGCAAGAUAUAAGCUGACAAAGCCUCUAAUUUAGUCCCGUAUACGCUGACCUGGUAACGAUAGACGCCAAUAUGGCGGACAAUGGGAACACACUUGGCACUGUCCCAUGCUGUGAAGGGACGACUGUCUCACGUCCUAGUUGUUAAAGCGAUUUAACAGGAGUUUUGUGCAUGUACAACAAGAUAACAAGAGUCACAUAAAUAUUUAUUGUCGCAGAAUUAGUGAAAACUGCCUCGGAUAUUGUAUUAGUCUAAUUACUGAAUGAACUUUGUGUCGUCUUUGUUAUUGUGUCAAAAUGACCCAUGGUGAGUCGAUGUCAUAGGGGUGAUUCAAUGUUGACAUUCUUACUGCAACGCGGCCGAAUAUUUCACAUAACUCAGUGUGUUUAUGUGGUCCAUAUAAACAGCCAUCAUUAAAGGACAAUGUCACAGUUUAAGUCCGACAACUCCACCAAGAAGAAACCUCCAAGAGUUUUAGCCAAUCGAUAUGAAAUUGUUAGAAAACUCGGAAAGGGUAACUUUGGAACAGCAUACCUCUGUAAAGACUUGAGACAAAAGAAUUCAACUGAUGGAUCUGACUUGAAGGUGUUGAAGGAGAUCUCUGUUGGUGAAUUACAACCUGAUGAGACAGUAGAGGCUGCUAAAGAGGCACGUGUCCUCUCUAAACUUCUACACCCGAGCAUUGUCAAGUUUCAUGACAGUUUUAUUGAUGGAGAUGUGUUCUGUAUCAUUACUGAGUUUUGUGAGGGAGGAGACUUGGACAUGAAGAUUAAUGAUUUAAAGAAGAAUAAGAAACAGUUUGAUGAGAAAACUGUGCUGGACUGGUUUGUCCAGUUGGUCCUGGCUGUUCACUACAUGCACACACGUAGAGUGUUACACAGAGACCUCAAAACCAGAAAUAUAUUCAUCAAGAAGAACAUGAUAAAAAUUGGUGAUUUUGGAAUAUCUCGGAUUUUGAUGGGGACAACAGACCUGGCAUCAACGUUCACUGGGACUCCUUACUACAUGAGUCCUGAGGUCCUCAAACAUGAAGGCUACAACUCCAAAUCAGACAUAUGGUCUAUAGGGUGUAUACUGUAUGAAAUGUGUACGCUGAGCCAUGCAUUUGACGGCACAAGUUUGAUGGGAGUCAUGUAUAAAAUUGUAGAGGGAGAACUUCCCAAGCUUCCUGACAGGUUUUCCAAGGACCUUAAUCGGAUAAUGUUAUCAAUGUUGAGUAAAGACCCGGUGAAGCGGCCAUCUGGGACAGACCUAUUGAAGGAACCUCUUAUCGCCAACCAUAUAGCUAAAAUGUCUAAGGAUUAUCAAGCUCGUCACCAAGAAAAUGCUCUCACAGAAGCUGAGGAGAUUGCCCGGUUAUUACGUGAGAAAUCUCACUUGAGUGAUUUGCGUUUGACUGAGGAAGAGGUUAAGUACAAGAAUCUGCCCCCACGCGAGAGGAUGAGGUUGAGAAAGAUGGCUCAGGCAGAUGAGGAGGCUCAUAGACUCAAAGAGGUUGCCAAGGUACAACUUAUUGCCAAUCAGGAAAGGAAGUCCAAGAUUAAGAGUCAUCUCAAUAAAACUACAGUCCCGGCGUGGCAGGGCGGUGCAGGAGAGGGAGAAAUGUUUAAAGGGACACCACGUAGGAACUCUUCAACUUCCUCUGAGCCAGAGAGUCCUCCUGCAAUAACAGUCACUCCUGCUCAUUUCAAGACAGCUCCAGUACCUAGAUAUCUAGCAGAUGAUGCAGAAGAUGAACGGGAAACAUUAAAAUUCAGACCAUCAAAAACAGUAGACCAAGCUCAAUUAACGUCGGCCAUCUUGGCUCCAGACGAGAGACCUAUUACACCUUUACGAGAUAAAAUGGUUUACGAUGUGAAACACUCCUCUUUAGACUUCAGAGAUGGUAUACCUGAGAGCCCAGAACUCGCCGACACCUAUUAUAGCCAGUAUGAUGACUUUGCUCAGAAUUCUGACUCGGAUUCUAAUUCUGGAGAUGAAAAUCAAUUGACUGUGAUUGAAAAAAAUGAGAGUACACUUAAGGCCAAAAACUCUACUGUAAAAUCAAAGGGAAGCGAUACUGUAAUUGGUCACUCUAAUGAUGAGGACUCUUUCUUCAACUGUCUCCAGGAUGUGCUAGAACAGGGUGAUGAUGCUGAGUCCACAAUGACCUUAGCAGAUGAUAUGGAGGCUGGAGCAUUUGGACCUGUAGCUAGAGGACAGAAAAUUAAAAACCUACGAUUAGAAUGUGAGAAGAUGCUGGGAAAAGAGGCAUUUGACAAAGCAUACAACUACUUGAAGGAUGCACGAUACAAUGACAAAUCUGCUGAAGAGGAUAUCAUGGCAGGACUGCGACAUUUCGUGAAAAAUCCCAGUGACUGUUUCCUUGUUGAUCAGCUUUUAUUUUUAGAAGAGCAAGCAAAUUUAGCAGCCAAAGCCUCCUGAGUCCAAAAUGUUAAAUUGCCAUAACCUUUCAUACAGAGUUUUCUCUUAGAAAGUUAGUUCUGUGUAAAUGUGUGGUUCAAAUGUCUUUAAGAAUGUUGUAAUUUAGAAUCUCUGAAGAUGUUGUUAAUGAAAUAUCAGCACUGAUACUUAAAUCUUCCCACACAAGUUAAAGGUAAAAUAGAAUUUUUGAUCUGAAAUCAACAACAUAUUCCAACAAAAAUACAAUAUGAGAUUCAAAUACUUGUCGUAUUUUAACAAAUAAGUGAUAUUGUAUAUUGAUUGCAUGUACUAGUGAAAUUAUUGUGUGAAUUUUCAAGGUCAUGACCUUGGCAACCAUUUUAUGCACUUGUUAUGAAGGACAUUACACCUUUACAGUCACAGAUAAUGAGUAAGUUUUGGUUUUAUGUAAAUUAUAUCAUGUUUAUGAAAGAUACAGAACAGUUCUUUCUCUUUAAAAGAAUGUUGUCUCAAACAUAGGAAUGAUUCAACAGUGCUGUUUAGUGAUAAGCUCAAACUGACUAACAAAUCAAUAAUACUGUUAUUUCAGUAGGGUAAUUGGAUAACUUUUCUCACGUAGAAAUAACUAUGAACGACUGUUUACCAUUCUGCUGAUUUUUGUUCUUGAUGUUGAUUAAAGAAGUUUGAAUGAGUUUCUAGUACAGGGUCUUUCCAUUGUGUGAAGUCAUAGCCUUAUAAAUGUUUUAAUUUGAUGCAAUAAGCUCACAAUCACAUAUAUGUUUGCUUGGAUAUGAAAGGCCUGUGCAUUUCAAAAGCAUUUUAAGGAAAGUGAUUGUGAAUGAAAAUAAGAUGAUUUUAUAUAUGUAUGGAAGUACUUGUUUAUGCAAACAUUUUAAAUUGUAAAUAUGGUCACCAUCAGCUGAACCUUGUUGGACCAGAUUUUUUUCUGUUUCAUAAGUUGGUCAAUAUUUAGAACAAAGAAUACAAGAUUUGGCAGAUCAAUAUGGUUGAGUUCCAAAUGUCCGAAUCUAGCAAGUUUUCUAGUUUCUGUAUCCACAUUACCAUAGGCUACAUGGUUUCUUGUUUUAUUCUGAUGUUUUUGUAUGAUUAUGUUUUUAUUUAAAGAAAUAUUUAUUUUUGUAUAAGGUGCAAGUUACAUUUGUCCAUUGUAUGAUGACUAUUCACAAAAGUAUUGUAUCAAGCUUACUACAUGUAUGUAUUUCCUGUUUGCUUUAGGAGUGUUCCUACACAAAAAUAUGAUGGAUGUAGAGAUUUCCAGUGUACUUACAUGUAAGACAAAUUUUUAGUUUGUCAGCCAGAUUCAAUUUAACCUAGGUUCUAUAAUUUUGAAUUUUUUCUGAGAUUUCUCAGGUAACAUUUAAUAUUAUAUAGCAAACUCACAAUUGGUAUAUAUAUAUACAAAAGGAUAGAUAAUGCAUUUAAGUACCUUAAUAUGAAAAACUGUCCAGUUCUAUUAGUGAGUUAGUACUUUGGGGUCAGGACUUUCUUUUUGUGUCGCCUGCAAAAACCAGAUGACAUAUGUAUCACUUUGUCGGCAUCGGCGAUGUCAGUGUUGGUGUCGAUGGCGAGAGUCGUAAUCCACACAGAGGUUUCUGUGCAAUAACUCAAGUUCUUUGAGCAGAUCAAACUCAAAACUUCAUGCAGAUCUUCUUUACCACAAGUGCUUGCAUGGGAUUGCUUUUUAGGUCCAAAGGUCGAAGAUCAAGGUCAAUAUUACUAAAAAUAGAAAAUUUAUUUCCUUGUUAUUACUCAAGUUUCUUUGGGUCAUAUCAAACUCAAAUUUCAUGUAGACCUUUCCUACCACAAGUGCUUGCUUCGGAUUGCUUUUAGGUCAAAAGGUCAAGGUCACUGUUACUUGAAAAUAGAAAAUUUGUUUCUGUGUGAUAACUCAAGUUCCUUUUGGCCCAUCAAAAUCAAUUUCAUGCAGGUUUUCCGUACCAAAAGUGCUUGCAUGGGAUGUUUCUAUAUAGAAAAUCUGUUUCUGUGCAAUAAUUUCAGUAAUCACCGAACUUUCUGUGCAGGCAACAUCCACUUCCUUGGAAUUCUUGUUGUACAAAACAAACAAAAACUAAUACAGAAAAUUUAAUUUUAGUUGAUUGGACUGCCAAGUGGUAUACCUAAUUUGUUAGUGUUGCUAUAGUAACUGUUUUUGUUCUGUUUAAGCCUUCUUGGGUAUUCUCAGAUUAAGUACAAUACAUUUCAGUGAACUUUUCUACAUUGGCUAUUGACCUAUAGUAAUCAAAAUAAUUCAACGUAAUUCAGUAAGUAUAAUACUUAACAAUGUGUAACAUAUAAAUCUGUGAGAAAAUGUGAUUGAUUUGUCUCCAAUGUAUGGAGUUCAGUGCAAUUUGCAUGCGAUAUGGGUAAAAAAAAAUCCUUUGUUUCAUUCUUAUAUAUAGAUCAUAAAAGUUUUGAAAAAAAAUGUAGUCUGUAUAAAGAAAGCAUGGAUUUUGUCAUCUGAUAAGUAAUUUAAUUAAUUAAAACCCCCAAUCUGAAUGUAAGCUUUACUUGUUCGUGUUAAAUAUUGAAAUCUGUUGAAGUUUGUUCCGAUGCUAUUCACCAGUUAAUGGUUUCCCGAUAUGGUUAUUUUUCAAGUAGUCACAAUUAUAUAUAUAUCUUUAAGCACAGUCUUCUUUGUGACUGUCAUUUAAUGUAUAAAAUGUCAAAAGUAAACAUGUCUGUUUCUAGUUAUCUCCCUUUCUGCCUACCAAGUUCUCUCCCUUUAAUGCUUAGCAAGUUCUCUCCCUUUACUGCUUACCAAGUUCUCUCCAUUUAAUAUCAUGUUUCCAUCACAGUUCUGGUUCAUAUACCAACAAUAAACAAUCAUAAUCCUUUGAUUCUUUUUUUUAAGAGGGAUACCCCUUUCAUUUUAGUGUGGAUUACAUCACAACAUAAUUCUUCAUUAAUUGAUUGUCUUCGCCUGUUCUCUUUCAGGUCGUUGAUACAAAUUCAUAUAUAAUAUUGAAUGAGCAAGAGGUUUCCUUCAUUUUUUACCAAAAUCUUAACUUUGACAUCAUGCAGUCGGAUUGUUCUUUACAGUAAAGGUAUAUAGUAAUAUUAAAAUCAUACAUAAAAAAUAUAAGGGCAUUCCUAAAAGAAAGGACAUUUCUUGAAAAUGAUGUACAUGUAAUAAGUAAUUAAGGCGUAACAGGGUCGUGGGAAUAGUUGAACUGCGUAACAAGACACAUGUAAUGUGUUUGUUUGGCCUUACGGUAGAUUUAUGUCCGUGUAUGAAUGAAUAUUGCCUCUAUACAGUGUAUUAUCAAUACAGUAUCAAGUGGAAACUGUAAAUAAAAAAACAUACGAAUA